AUGUUCUCAAAGGUUCUGUGCCUCGCAGCUUUGGUGGCGGCUGUCUACGGACAUGGCCACGGCUUCUCUUCAGCGUACAUCCACCGUCACGACGGUCCCGCUGAGGUAGUCCAUGUGCAUGGGCACGACGGCGGCCAUGGGGGGUACGGCCAUGGACACGGUCAUGAUGGCGGUCAUGGUCAUGUUGAUUAUUAUGCUCACCCCAAAUACGAGUUCGGUUACAAAGUGGAGGACCCUCACACCGGUGACAUCAAGUCCCAGCAUGAGCACCGCGACGGUGACCACGUUAAGGGAUACUACGCUCUGCAUCAACCCGAUGGCUCCGUCAGACACGUUGACUACCACGGCGACAAGCACUCUGGUUUCCACGCUGACGUGAAAUACAGCACUCACCACAUUGCGCCCGAACACCAUCAUCAUUACUAAACUGUUGGAUCUCAACUGUGAUAUUAUAAUACGCUACUAUUAUCGUCGAUGUACCUACUGUGAUCUUAUCUUUAUUUGUUGCUGAAUUUUUGUUUUAUUUUUUUACAAUAUUACAAGUUUUUACUGAUUAUUUA